AUGGACGAGAAGAUGCAAAACAAAAAAUUUACAGAAAUCAAGACAGCUUUAGAGACGGAACAUGGAUUUAAUUGUACUGGGAGUAAUUGGUUUGGAGCAGGCGCUUUUGGUCAUGUCGUCAGAGUAAAGUGCAUAAAUUCAGACGAGUCGUACGCUAUUAAAAUACUCCCGAUGACAGCGGACGACGAGGACGGCAAACAAGUGAAAUAUCAAGAGCGAGAACUUGAGGCUCUCAUAACAACAUCUCUCGAGAUGUCGGAAGAAGCAAAACGAAAUAUAAUUCAAUAUUACAAAUCCUGGAUAAUGAAAGUGGAUAGCGUAGAUCAACUGUGUAUUCAAAUGGAAUUGUGUUCGGUUAACUUGUGGGACUUCAUCUACCGAAACAAAAUUGGUGGCCCCAAAAUCAUCCAACAAAAUGGCCCACCACGGUUUUAUCAACAGGUAUUUCGACAAGUUUUAAGCGGCCUUUCUUUUAUCCAUACCAUGCGCUGGAUUCAUCGCGAUAUUCAUCCGGGAAACAUCCUCACUGUCAAUCCAAAUCCAGAGCAAAUAAAUGAUCUACAAAUCAAAAUCGCUGAUUUUGGACUUGCAAGGCAUGUUGGAAUAGAAUUGGACAAAACAGCGGGGCUUACAAUCAUCGCUAAACUUCCGAAAGUGUCGUUUUUCUCAAAGAGUGGAUGUUUUCGCGCACCAGAGCUCAAUACCGAUUCAUACGACUUCAAAGUAGAUGUUUAUAGUGCUGGAUUAGUGCUAUAUUUCAUUAGCUGUUAUCUUGAGAAUGAAGAUUCUUGGUUUACGGAGCUGGAAAAGUUAAAAGAAGGUAAACUGCAAGUCGAUGAAGGUUUGUUUCACAAAGAUGACGAAAUACUAAGCGGCCUGAUAAAGAACCUAAUUCAGAAAGAUCCAAAUGCACGCCUUGCUGCUUCCACUGCUAAGGAGUAUAUGUUUCCUGAAACCAAAAGAGCAACUACUACAAGUUGGCCUCUGGAGAUCGGAUUCCUUGCAAGAAAACAGGAUGAAAACGAUUUAAGCCAGUGUAUUUUAAAGGAGCUCACGUUCUCCGGAAUGCAAGAAGCAAUUGCAGAUCGUACCCAUGUUCCGGAACGCCGGCAAGUUCUACGACAAAAGCGUAUGAUAAAUGGUGAGACGAAGCUUAUCAAAAUAGAAAAUGAUAAUGAUGUGGAAAAUAUAAUCAAUGUCGCAAAAAAACAAAAGCAAGAAGUUGUGGUAGUUGUGACGGAGAUAGAAGACGUCGAAAUGACUGAGAUCUCGCCCGCUUCCACGUCCGCGAUGAGCAUCAACAAUAGCAUAGACUAA